CAGCUUUGGCAGGAGUGACGGCUGGCUUGACCGCAGUGCCUCAUCAGAGCUCUGCUCAGCUGAAUUGUGAAGUGAACGAAUCGUUUUAGUGACUGAUUCAGUUCAGUUCGUCCACGAUAGCGACCUCCGUUGCUGCAGACACAUGCCAUUGGUCUCCGGUACUGCAGACGCAUAUUAUUGUCUCACUCCGACCCAUGAAUACAGCCGUAGUGCGCUUGAAGGUGGAAGCAGUGCUGAGUAACGUUAACACCAGACAAGGACCGAACAGGCCAGGUCAUAACGUGGUGUGGCUGUUGAUCUGAUCGAUUGGGCACACGUCAACAUGGAGCUGCACCUGUUCACCACGGUCUGUCUCCUCUUUGGCAGGAUAAUGAUUACGCAUCAGACUCACAUGAACUCUGUGUCCUCGUUUCUGUUCACACCACGUGGGCCCCAGAUGUUUCCAUGUCUAACUUACCUGGAGAGAAAUGUCAGGGUAGACUGUGAGUUUCCACCCACCUACCAGGUCCCAGGCCCCUACUGUGAGUAUCGGCAGGACAGCCGGCUGGUGGGCAGCACCUACCCCAAUGCUGUCAUCUACGUGUCCACUGAAGACCGCAGGAGAAGCAAUGUGAGCCUGGUCACUCCCAAUCUGUGCCGUCUCACCUGGGCCCCGAUGGCUGAUGAGAGGCCUUACACCUACACCUGCAGAGUUUACCAAGGCAACAACUGGAAAGAGAACAGCAUGGCUGUGCACCACAGAAUCCUGCCUAUAUGCUCUGCAAUCACUCUUAAAUCUGCACCAUUGCUUUUGUCCCUGGUGAUGUCACUUCCUUUGGCUGUUGGUCUUCUAAGUCCAUGAACUCUCACAUUUACGGAGAUUCAAAGCUAUGAAAACCUUUUAACAUAAAUAUGAGUGAAUGUGUAAAUCACCCGCUCAGUGAGCACUGGACAAUAUUUAAAAUGUUUAUCUGUGAUGUGAAAGAUUUCAUGUAAAAUACCAUAUUCUCACCACUGUACAAUUGCACACCAUUGUUUGACAAUGCUUUCAAAACAUGAACAAAAUCAUAGUGAUAACAAAAUAAGGACCGUCAGCAAAUUAAAUAGCGAAAAGUGUUCUAAGUUAUUGUUUCUGUUUUAGAAGGAGCAAAUUACAGACAGCGAUGUGAACUACUGUCUCAAUCAGUGGCUAAAUAACAAAUAUUUUUGUAGAAGGCCAAAAAAAUAUUAAUUGUGUGGUCUCUUCAACAUAAGAUAAAGGGAUCUUAUAUUUGCCAUUAGGAACUGAAUUUGAAUUAUUUACAACUGAAUGUGAACCACUCAAUUUGAACCUGAACUGAACAAGUUGAAUAAUUGCUUUUAAAAUUAGAAUGUCAAUUGAAUCUGAAUGUAUUGGUUUCAAAGUGUAUUGCAAUAAAUUACUGCAGCAUAAAGUUGUAUGUAAAGGUGA